UGUCCACUAAGCACACACAUAGUAGAAUCCCCAUCAUUAUAUAUAAAAGGGCAAACAUCUGCAUGUGGAAACUAACCCUUCAGACUGAACGAAACACAGAAGAUAUAAUAUAAAGUUAAUUUACUCACAUGAACACUGUCCAUGCUCUAUAAUCACCAACUUCACUAGUAGUGCAUGAGCUUCAACCAUGGACCCUAGAAUCUCCUUCUCCUAUGAUUUCGUGGUUUCCCAACAAGCAAUCAAGCAUGAAAACAUAUACAGAGAAGAUCCUGUCUCUUCGGAUUUCGAAUUCUCUGUCAAGAACAAUUCUAUGAUAUCAGCAGAUGAAGUCUUCUUUCAGGGUAUGUUGUUGCCUCUCAAGAGUGAUUGCUCCAAUAAGAAGGUGACUUUGAGGGAUGAGUUGCUUGUGAAUGAUGAUCACUAUGAAGAGGAGUUACCAAGAUUGCCAAAGAGUUCAAGCCGGUGGAAGGAGCGAUUAGGCCUCAGGAAAGGUUCAUCUAAGAAAGAUAAGAAUAAGAACAAUGAGGGGUUUCAGCAGACUAGAGUUGCUGGUGAAAAAGGGUUUAGCUCAGGACAAGGAGACAAGACUGUUAGCUAAGACAACAUGGGAACUGUUUCAUGAAGGUGUGGUGUAAUUGUAGGAGCAAGUGAACUCUAUAGAAGCAGGAUUCAUUUCUCAAGGAGAGGGGAUGGCAUAUUCUACUAAUAUCUAUAUAAAGACAUUAAUUGUUAGGAUUUUGGGCGCCGACUUCCUUUUCAACUGUUAAGUUAAAUUUAACCUAAGUUAUGUUCCCCACCUUUGUAUUCUAAAGACAUUACGUAGUAGCAGUAGUAGUAGUCCCUUCAGCAUUUUGAUCUUUGUACAAAAAUUUGCAGUUGAAGAACUUCCAUGAGUCUUGAGUAUUUUUCUUUGUGUAGUACAUCAGGUAGUCGUGGCUCUUAUUGUUUGAUAUAUAGUGAGUUGGUAGUUGUUAUUAGUCCUUGUAGGUUGUCAAGCAUCUUCUUCCCUUGUACUACUCUCUAAGCAUUUUCAAUUCUCAAAUAUAUUAUUGGCUUUAAUUUGAUAUUA